AACCUUCUGUUCCAGCCAAGGUAGUGAGGGCAGCUGCUCCUAAACAGCGCAAGGGCAGCAAGGUUGGUGACUUUGGAGAUGCAAUCAACUGGCCUACACCUGGAGAGAUAGCCAACAAGAGCGUGCAGCCACAGUCCCACAAGCCUCAGCCUGCCCGUAAGCUGCCUCCCAAGAAGGACAUGAAGGAGCAGGAGAAAGGAGAUGGAAGUGAUAGUAAGGAGAGCCCGAAAACAAAGUCAGAUGAAUCAGGGGAGGAAAAGAAUGGGGAUGAGGACUGCCAGCGAGGCGGGCAGAAGAAGAAAGGGAACAAACACAAGUGGGUUCCGUUGCAAAUAGACAUGAAGCCUGAAGUACCAAGAGAGAAAUUGGCCUCACGUCCCACUCGCCCACAGGAGCCAAGACAUACACCUGCUAGCCGAGGGGAGAUCAAAGGAUCUGAACCUGUCACCUACAUGCCUGUAUCUGUUGCCCCACCCACCCCAGCCUGGCAACCAGAGACCAAACCAGAGCCUGCCUCUUCUUUCCGUGGCCGUGGACGGGGGCGUGGUCGUGGACGGGGCCGUGGACGGGGUGGCACUCGAACCCACUUUGACUACCAGUUUGGCUACCGAAAAUUUGAUGGUACAGAGGGGCCUCGCACCCCCAAGUACAUGAACAACAUCACCUACUACUUUGACAAUCUCAGCAGCACUGAGAUUUACAAUGUUGACCAGGAGCUGCUAAAGGACUAUAUCAAGCGCCAGAUUGAAUACUACUUCAGCGUGGACAAUUUAGAGCGAGACUUCUUCCUGAGACGGAAAAUGGAUGCUGAUGGUUUCCUUCCCAUCACCCUUAUUGCUUCCUUUCACCGUGUACAGGCCCUAACCACUGACAUUUCACUCAUCUUUUCGGCUCUAAAGGACAGCACGGUGGUGGAGAUCGUUGAGGAGAAAGUCCGAAGGAGGGAACAACCUGAGAAGUGGCCACUUCCUGGUCCACCAAUAGUGGAUUAUUCACAAACAGAUUUCUCUCAGCUUCUCAACUGCCCAGAGUUUGUUCCCCGCCAGCACUACCAGAAGGAGACUGAGUCAGCACCUGGUUCUCCCCGUGCUGUUACCCCAGUGCCAACCAAAACAGAGGAGGUCAGCAACCUGAAGACCCUUCCCAAGGGCCUGUCUGCCAGCCUCCCAGACCUGGACCCUGAGAGCUGGAUUGAAGGGAAGAAAAGGCCUCGUACCUCCCCAGCACGCCCCAAGAAGUCAGAGGAGCCCAGGUUCUCCCACCCGACUGCUCUGCCUCAGCAGCUUCCCUCCCAGCAGCUGAUGUCUAAGGAUCAGGAUGAGCAAGAAGAACUAGACUUCCUGUUUGAUGAGGAGAUGGAGCAGAUGGAUGGGCGGAAGAAUACUUUCACUGCCUGGUCUGAUGAGGACUCUGAUUAUGAGAUUGAUGACCGGGAUGUCAACAAGAUCCUCAUUGUCACUCAAACACCACCUUACAUGCGUCGGCACCCUGGGGGAGACCGCACGGGCAACCAUACUUCUCGUGCCAAGAUGAGUGCUGAGCUGGCCAAGGUCAUUAAUGAUGGGCUCUUCUACUAUGAACAAGACCUAUGGACUGAGAAGUUUGAGCCUGAGUAUUCACAGAUCAAGCAAGAAGUUGAGAACUUCAAGAAAGUGAAUAUGAUUAGUCGGGAGCAGUUUGACACACUGACCCCUGAGCCUCCUGUGGAUCCCAACCAGGAGGUUCCUCCUGGACCACCUCGGUUCCAACAAGUUCCUACUGAUGCCCUGGCCAACAAGCUGUUUGGUGCUCCUGAGCCCUCCACCAUUGCCCGAUCUCUACCAACCACUGUCCCAGAGUCGCCAAACUACCGAAACGCUAGGACCCCCCGCACACCCCGGACCCCUCAACUCAAAGACUCUAGUCAGACACCACGGUUUUACCCAGUGGUGAAAGAAGGACGGACCCUAGAUGCCAAGAUGCCUCGAAAAAGGAAGACAAGACACAGCUCGAACCCCCCCCUGGAGAGUCAUGUGGGUUGGGUGAUGGAUUCCCGGGAGCACAGGCCCAGGACUGCUUCUAUUAGCUCCAGUCCUUCCGAAGGAACACCUGCAGUUGGCAGCUAUGGCUGUACCCCUCAGUCGCUGCCCAAGUUCCAGCAUCCUUCCCAUGAGCUGCUGAAAGAAAAUGGAUUCACACAACAUGUCUACCACAAGUAUCGGAGGCGCUGCCUUAAUGAGCGGAAGCGCUUGGGCAUUGGCCAGUCUCAGGAGAUGAAUACCCUUUUCCGCUUUUGGUCCUUCUUCCUCCGGGAUCACUUCAAUAAAAAGAUGUAUGAGGAGUUCAAGCAGCUGGCACUGGAGGAUGCCAAAGAAGGCUACAGUCGAUAUUACAGUUAUGGUCUGGAGAAGAAGUUCCGACUGGACAUAUUCAAGGAUUUCCAGGAGGAGACUGUGAAGGACUAUGAGGCUGGCCAGCUCUAUGGAUUAGAGAAGUUCUGGGCCUUCUUGAAAUAUUCCAAAGCCAAAAAUUUGGACAUUGACCCCAAACUGCAAGAAUACCUCGGCAAAUUCCGACGUCUAGAAGACUUCCGAGUGGACCCCCCCAUGGGCGAGGAAGGCAACCACAAGCGACACCCAGUGGUAGCAGGAGGCAGCGGUGAGGGCUGGAAAAGGUGCCCUUCCCAGUCUUCCAGCAGGCCU